AUGAUACUUUCACGUGUCACUCACUUAUGCCAUAAAGAAGCCCUGGUUCAUGGGUUUCUGCCCAUGCUGAUCAUGGUUCAUUCGUUCAAAGAACACACCUUUACACAUUUCACUUACUGUGGCCAUUGCCGACGAUUCCUCUGGGGGGUUGCUAAUCAAGGCCUCAAAUGCUCAGAAUGUGAAUUCGUUUGCCAUUUCUCUUGCCAGAAGUCUGCUCCUCCGUGUACUAGCGUACAAAACAAGGCUGCUCGAGUCUUGAGAUCUUAUUCAACCAGUACUGGCUCCAGUUCCACGCCUACUUCGAGCUCAUCCAAAAGUGGUUCACGCUCUCCUAUUAUCACAGCCUUGUCAAGAUCACCUACCAACGGCAGCCGAGCAAAAUCCCCGACCAACGGUAGUCGAGAAAUAUCCCCUACUUUGGCUCCUCAGGCUGAAGAAACUCAGCCAAUCGAAUCUUUUGGAGAAGCUGUAGAAAAGAUCAAGAGCAUUGUCACUUCACCCGAGUUCGAGGAUGUUCUAGUUACUGCUGCUCUACAUGCUUCUGACGACAGUCAACCAUCAAACGAAUAUCUGGCUACGCUUCCAUCCCUUAAUCCACAAACUGCCACUAAGAAUUCUACUCGAUUUGUGUCGAGAUGUGGGCCUAUGUUUGCUGUUCGAGAUUCUAUAAUAUUAUUGUUGAGUUGGGAAAAUCCUCUUCAAACAAUGGUGGCUAUGGUUCUUUACUGUAUUGCAUGUUUCUAUCCCAAGAUCAUAUUAUUUGGACCCCAUUUUGCACUGAUGCAUUGGAUGACCAAUGCGCAUCAAAAACGUUUCCGUUCAUCCAGUCUGUCGCCACCAUUGCCUUCUCCUCCUGUAGCACGGUCCACGGUGGCUGCACCUACCCCUACUGCUAGUCACUCUGUUCCAUUACGCACAGCUAGCCCGGCUGGGAAACGGACUGGGUCAUUCACAUUCAAUAUUGGCGGCUCAUCAAACAAUUAUGAGGAAUCAUCACCCGAAUAUCUUAAAAACCUUCAGAACUUACAGAACAUGAUGGGUGAAAUGAGUGACCUUUAUGACACUGUGUGCGAAAAUCUUCAUUACAUUAAUUGGGGGUCUAGACAGUAUUCAAUUUGGAUCUUUCAGGGUCUGGUACUUUCGAUGAUAUUGCUAUCUAUACUGAUAUCAUUUGUGUCAAUGCGCGACAUAAUGCUUGGUGGUGGUAUAUUUAUGUUUGUAUCUAACACGAGAUUUGUCAAGCAUGUGAUGAAGCAAAUCACACCAAAGGCAAUGGCCAUUGGAAAGAAGAGCUUUGAAAGUAUUAUGGAUCUUUAUGAUGAGUAUGAGCGUGUUUUGGAUCGUCAGACGAUAAUACAAGAAAUAUCAGUUUAUGAGAAUCAAAGACGUGGUCCAUCAGGAGAGUUUUCGGCUGAUGAAUUAUUACCACUUGAGCGUGGAUCAUGGACAGAUAGUACUGGCAUCAUACCCCGAGAGGCUAAGAAGGAGGAAGCACCUGAAGGGUAUUGCUGGACAGAAAAUGCAUGGGAGGUUGAUACCAGUGGAUCUUGGACAGACGAUAUGCUCGGUAUUGAGAUGCUUGUGAUUCCAGAAGAUGAUGGAUGGGUAUACACAGACGACCUUUGGAGACCAUGUAAGGCAGACAUAUUGAAAUAUAGGGUUACUCGCAGAAGACGAUGGAUUCGACACUAUGAAGAGAACCGAAAACGUGGACGUUAA